AUGUUACAUGAAAUAACAAAGCUUCAUAUUUAUAUCAGUAAAAUAUAUAACACCAAUAUAGUCUGUCAUAAUUCUUUAAUAGCAGUGUGUAGCGAUAAAGGUAUUCAUAUAAUAGAUUAUUCUUACAAUUUACAGUGCUAUGACAAAAAACUUGACUAUUUUGAGACUAUGAUAACAGCCCCAAAAUAUAGUCCAGUUUCUGAAUUAUUUGAGAACAGUUUUGUUAAAAAUGGUGUGAGAAAUUCAGAAUUAGUCCAAAUGAUAUUGGAUCCAACAUUAUGGCCACACAAUAAUCAACUUUUAAAUGAAAUGACGAGCAUUGCAGCCUUUGAAUGGUCUCCAAUUAAUUUCAUUGGUAACAUGGAUAGUGCUAUAGCUGUAUUAACUAAUGUUGGAUGUGUUGAGUUGUUUGGUCCUAAUAGAUUAAAUUGGUCUUGUAUUCUAAAUCUUUCAUUGUUAAUGAAAAAUAAUUUGAAAGAGUUAUCAAUAACAAAAGCGCUAGACCAAACUCCAACAAAUGCUAAAGAGUUACAAGAAGCAGCACAUGCUCUGGCAACUACCGCAAUAUGCUGGGCUGACAAAAUUAAUAAAGAUCAUUCAUGUUAUUUCGUUACAGCCCAAAAAAAUGGAUUUAUAUUAUUCUGGUUAUUAAGAUGUCAAGAGAUGCAAGUGGAAGCAAAGUUGAUUGGUCAUAUAGAAUCAGAUUUAGAAAUACUUCAUAUUUCUUGGGUGCCUUUAGGCAAUAAUAAGUUUUUAAUAAUUACAUCCGACACAUUAGGUAAGGUCUUUGCAUAUGUGUGUACAGUAGAAGAUAAUUUGAUAACAUGUUUGACCAAAGAAGAAUUAUGGCAAUAUAGAGAUAAAAUGAUUGCAAAACAUUUUAAUUAUAUUGUUAGUGAUGAAAAUAUCAUUUUACUGUACAGUAAACAUAGACAUUUCGUUGUACAAAUGUUUGACAAAAACUGCAAAUUAAAAUCACAGGAGGUGACUAAUAUAAAUGAUUAUAAAAUAACUGAUAUAAAAAAGGGACAAAAUAACUUUUACUUGAGUACAAUUAAUAACAAACUUCAUAAAAUUGAGAUACAUCAUAAUUAUAACACUUUAAAAAUACAGACACCUUUAGUGGAAAUCAAAGAGUCUUACCCUACCUCAGAGUUACAUGGUAUUGGAUUUUCAGCUAAUGGAGCCUUAUGUAUGCUAGCGUUGAUUGACAGAAAAGUGUUAUGGAGAAAAGAGCCCUUUAAGAUUGACUUGCUUUUCUUAAUAAAUUCAACAAAUAAUCAUGACUUUGAAGUGAAAGCAAUUUUAAAUAAUCCAUCCAGUAAGUUAACAAAUCAGUGGGAUAAUAUUGAAAUACUCAGAUAUAAAACAAUGAAAACUAAAAUGUUACCAAAUUUAGAUUAUAAACAGUUAUUGGCUGAAAGUGACAUUGAUAUCUAUAAUCUUAAAGUUUAUUAUAUAUUAUUGAAGCUUUAUAAUAACUUAGAGAGCUUAUGCAAAAACAGCUCUAAAGGAUCAUUGCCGGAAACUUCAGUUGAAGUAAUUAAUGACAGAAUUCAUGCCUCAUAUGCUAGUAGCUGUAUUGAAAAUAUUCAUAAAAAAUAUAAGGAAUCUAACUGUAUUUUAGAAGAUAUAGAUUCAGAGACUAUUUAUGGUGCUAAAGCAUUUUUAGAUUAUUACUGUCACAAAUAUAAAAAGGGAUUGCCAGGAACACUCGAUCCUAGUGUAUUAGAAAUUUUUAAAACAGAUCACCAAUAUAUAUGUCAGUGUUGUGAUAAGGAAAUAGAGGGUUUCUCAUGUAAAAGUGGUCACUUAAAUAUGUUUUGUUCAUUAACAUUUACUCCUAUUGAGAGUGAUAAUUACCUUGUUUGUAAGGCCUGUGGCUCAUUGGCUAGAACUGAGUUGUUACCAAACAAUCCAACCUGUGUAUUCUGUGAUUUAUUUUUAAGUAAAAAUUUCAAUAAGUAG